CGGCAGGAUAAGCCGAAUAUGCUCUUAGCCACGAUUUAGAUUCUAGCUCCUCCAAGACAGCGAGCCAAAAGUUGUGUUGCUUCUCAGUACCAAUUCCUCCCUACUCCAAAUUAUUCACAGUUCUCAACAUUUGGAUCAGCUUCACCGCCGUUCAAGAGAAUUAGUAUUGCGUGAUCGUUGAUAUGGCACAUAUUCUUUCAACUUCAUGCUGUUUGAAGAUCUCCUCCUCCAGCAAGAAAUCUUACUUUAAACCAUCAAAUGAGAGUUUAACCUUGUUUUCUGCAUCAUUGACUUCAAAAACAUGUAAAUCACUAAUGCCAAGGCUUGUCUGGCAUGAAAAGAGACUGGCAAGAAAGUGUGUUGUCCGAGCAACCACACUUCCAACGAGCCAGGAAGCCCCCACCACUCAAUCCACCUCUGGAUCUCUUGAUGGGUCAAGUCGAUCGUCCAAGGCAAAGCGGGCGAUGAUCAUUGGCGGAGAUGGUUACUGUGGUUGGGCUACUGCUCUUCACCUCUCCAAGAAAGGAUAUGAGGUUGCCAUUGUUGACAACCUUGUUCGCCGUCUCUUUGACCAUCAGCUUGGUCUGGACUCAUUGACUCCUAUUUCCUCCAUCCAUAAUCGCAUUCGCUGCUGGAAAUCUUUAACUGGGCAGACUAUUGAACUCUUCAUUGGUGAUAUUUGUGACUUUGAGUUCUUAGCAGAAACCUUUAAAUCAUUUGAACCUGAUGCUGUUGUCCAUUUUGGUGAGCAACGUUCUGCUCCAUAUUCCAUGAUUGAUCGAUCAAGAGCUGUAUUUACUCAACACAACAAUGUGAUUGGAACUCUCAAUGUGCUUUUUGCUAUUAAGGAGUUUAGAGAAGACUGUCAUUUGGUGAAGCUGGGGACUAUGGGUGAAUAUGGGACUCCCAAUAUUGACAUUGAAGAAGGUUUCAUUACUAUAACUCACAAUGGAAGAACAGAUACUCUACCUUACCCCAAGCAAGCAAGUUCUUUCUAUCAUCUAAGUAAGGUUCAUGAUUCACACAAUAUAGCUUUUACUUGCAAGGCUUGGGGGAUCAGAGCUACGGAUUUAAACCAAGGGGUUGUUUAUGGAUUACGAACAGACGAGACCGCAAUGCAUGAAGAGCUGUAUAACAGAUUUGAUUAUGAUGGGGUGUUUGGGACUGCAUUGAACCGUUUCUGUGUUCAGGCUGCUGUUGGUCAUCCACUCACUGUAUAUGGCAAAGGCGGUCAGACUCGAGGAUAUCUUGACAUAAGAGAUACAGUGCAGUGCGUAGAACUCGCCAUUGCAAAUCCAGCGAACCCGGGAGAGUUUCGUGUCUUCAAUCAAUUUACAGAACAGUUUUCUGUCAAUGAACUUGCUGCUCUUGUCACGAAAGCAGGACAGAAGCUCGGGUUAGAUGUCCAGACCAUAUCUGUGCCAAAUCCAAGGGUAGAGGCAGAGGAACAUUACUACAAUGCCAAGCACACCAAACUCGUAGAGUUGGGUCUAAAACCAUACCUUCUGUCAGAUUCUCUUAUUGAUUCAUUGCUCAACUUUGCUAUCAAGUAUAAGGAUCGUGUCGACACCAAACAAAUAAUGCCAAGUGUUUCAUGGAGAAAAAUUGGAGUCAAGCCAAGAACUAUCACUGCCUAGCGACGUACUUAAUUUAUAUAGCAGCCGUAUCUCGCAGCUUCUGCUAACGGAGUUGUUGUCCCUCUCAACAUUUUGUAGGCAGGAGGAUAUACAUCUUAAUGAAAGCUCUCCAUCAGUAUUAUCUAAAUUUCCUUCCUUAUUUUCAGGACGAAUACUAA